CCCAUUCGAUACGCCACCGAGUCAUUAUCUUCCUCAAGUGGUUGAAAUAUUUGUCCUGCAUAUUACUCACGUUGGUAUGCAGACCCAGAUUUCAAACUCGUUUGAAUUUGCCACACCUCUCAGGUUUGGGAUGUUUUCGUUUUUACCUUGGCUCGGCCGAGGAAGUUUGGCUGUCACUUCUGUUUCUUCGCCACUCGAGAAAAAAGGGUCCCACCUGCUUGGGAACUCUUGUCGAAGGUGGCCCGGUGCCGGUGCUGAUGAGUCCUACCGAUGAGGAGAUCACGCGGUUGCAUUCUAGCGAGGAAAACCAUGAUGCCCGGUGCAUAUGCUCAAGAGAGUUUGACCGCAUCCCAAAUGAGGAAGGCCUCAAUAGAAACGAUAUCUUGACAGAAGACGACAUUUACUGCUGCAGCCUCUCCAAGACAUUAUGCCAUACUUCCACCCCGGUCACAGUGGGCUUCUAUUCGCCCUGUGGAGCCCGUGCCCAUUCACUACUUGAUCAGAUCGCAGAAUGCAUGCAUAAAGAAUCCGUGCGGAGAGAAGAGAACGAGUUCCGGAAGACUCACCAGAGGCCUAGGCAGCCAGAAGGCUGGAACUACUUCACCCUCCUUUGGUACUUGGUCUUCUAUGAACCGAUCAUCACAGAGGUCCACCUCAGGAGAAAGAACAUCGAAUUCCUCUUCGUAAGAUUCAGUGCCUGGCAGUAUGCAGGCAGCGACAAGCUCUGGGCUGGCCUAGUUACCACUUUGUGCGACCAUAUCCGCCACCACUUCGGUCCUCUGCCUCUCAGCUUCUAUCAAGUGGUGGGGAACGCACCACGAUAUGCCUCUGGGUUCAGCCAAGAUGAGUGGCGGGUCAAAAAGAAGGUAGUCUAUGGCGCUGGUGGACUAGGGGUCAUCUUGAUGGCAGGUGCGGCCCUGACUGCCACUGCAUUUCUUGUGCCCGGGAUCAGAGAUGGCAGCUUCUUGAAGAUCUUUGGAAGCAUCCUCACUGCCAUUUCUGGCUCUGGGGCCAUAGUGGCCUUGACUCCUGUGAUCAAGCACCUCCUUGUGAGCCAAAAGAAGAAAAUUGAGAGCAUGACCAGUGAUGGAAAAUUCACCAGCCAUUUGGGAUUCAUGAGUGCGGUGAAGAAAGAGAUUGAAGUCCUAACUCACUUUGUCUAUUACAUGGAGAUCUUUGAACGGCGGCGGCUGAGGAUCGUCUUUGAGAUCACCAGUUUGGACAUGUGCUACCCGGAAAGGGUGGUCGGGGUCCUGAAUGUCAUCAACACGCUCCUUUCAGACACCAAUGCUCCCUUCAUCUUCCUUCUGGUGGUGGACCCUUGCGUCAUUGUCUCGUGCUUAGAGCAAGCUGGCUGCAUGAAGGGAAUGGCUGACAACGGCUACCUCUACCUCAACCGUACCGUGACACUGCCUUUCUCCAUCCCGGAGAUCAGCACCCGUUGCAAAAUGCGGUUCUUGCAUGAGGCCUUCCAGACUCGGGAAGAUUUGAUGUAUAGAAUCAUCACAAGGAAUUUGGAACAGGGAGUCCGAAAGGCCAAAAGAAAAGAAGUGGCAGCCUUGACAGAUAUAGAAGCAUCCAUAGAGGUAGACCAGCAUCAGAUCGAUUCUCAGGCUGUGCAGUAUAUUCAUGAUGCUUUCCACUGCCUCCACAAUGAGUACGACUGCCUUUACAAAUACGUUCCAGACAGUAUUGUCCAGAUGAGAAGGAUUGUCAAUACCAUCCCUAUCACCCUCAGGUUGAUGACCCAACAACAUCUCCUACGGCACAACAUCUGUCCUCGUUCAGUAGCCGGUUGGGUGGUCCUAGCCAACCAGUGGCCCUGCCGUCUGAGUUGGAUUCUGCAAUGCAUGCAGGACAAGCUGCAGUGCGAACAGCAACUUGACUACAGCAAGGAACUUAUGUGGAAUGUCUUCACAGAGAAUUGCAAGGAAUUCUUCUCCAAGCACAAGGACAUUGGGAAAAUCUUGGCUUUGGACGGUGACCCAGAACUCUUUGAGAAGUUCCUUUCACAGGACUUUCCUUUCACGGUGGAGGAAGGAGAGCAAUAUCUUAGGUACACAGUCAACCUGGACCAUUCCAUCAGGUGUCAAAUGGGGCAGCUACGCUCGCUAGAUUCCUUGGAAAAGUACUGCAGCAAAAAGGAAGAACCAGCUGAAAAGGAUCAAGAUGGUUGAUAUCCAUUUGUGCUUUUGGGGAGGGCAAAAUGAGGAGUAUCAUAGUAAUGUUGGACAGUUUCAAAUCUCUUGUGUUACCCCAUAAAAAGCUGUGUUGGGCACAUUCCAGGGCAUUCUCUCUGCUCAGUGAUGGGUAUGUGAACGCUCAAGAAGUAUCUAUGUGAAUUGAUAAUGCACUUUGAAUACUUCUCAGAAUCCUCUGGAAAACCAGGUUCCAUAACAUGCAAGGGAAUAUGGGGUGGGUUACCUGAAUUCUGGACAAAGUCUGUAAAACAUUUCCUCCAAAUGGGGAACAUGCCACAAUUUGCACCAAGGAAUGGAUGAUAAUAGAUGUGGGGCAUUUUAAUGAUUGGUUUUAAAUUGCACGUUUUGACUUUUUUUUGUUUGUUAGAUGUUUAAUUUAUCAAUGCUGUGAAUAUGAGAAAGCGGGGGAGAGGAUGAGAUACUGAAAGAGAUACUGAAAGAGUACACUAUUGCCAAAGUAGGUUUUGUGUUGGGAAAUGAGAGAGGGGAAGGAAAAAUGAAGUCGGGGAAAUG